AUGUCCUGGAUCCGCAGGCCAUCACCGGGUUUAGAAUAUUCUCCUCACGACCCGGACACGUUUAAGGGAGACGUUGAGCUAGUGAUGAAUGCACGCGUCGAAACGUUUCAAGUCCUGCUUUCACGUUUUGACGGAAGCAGGCCUCGGUUAGUGUAUUGCGGGCAGUACCCCCUGGAUUGGCCACUGUCCGUGCACGGACGGCUCUGCGUACACCUCGGCUCCUCCGGCCCGGGUUCCCUGCUCCCAGGGGACGGAUACCUCGCCCUCACCCCGAGGCUUAGCAUCGAGAGCCGCGCUGGCCCCCUCAGCCUCCCUCCGGUCCUCAGCCCCCAGGGUCUGAUGGCUGAUCUUCCUGCCCUCCUCAGGGCUCUCGUCGUAUCGGCAGAGAGGUCCUUGGCCAGGUUCCCCCUCGAGGAGCUGGCGUAUCCCUGCUCCAACUGCGGCAGAGCUCCAGAGACUUGCAACUGCCAUGCCGUCGAAAGGAGAGACUCCGGUAUCCAGACAUCUCCCAUGUACGAGAUGGACUCUAGCAUACCACACAUCGACAGUGACGAUGAACACGAAAAUGUCACGAGAAGUGAGUACAAUAUUCUUUUGACAUGUCAUUAUAAUAACUGUCCAACUUACUAA